AUGGCACUAACGCUCUGGCGGAUCUGGCUUGCGGUCAGGCUGAUAACGCCGGCGCCGGAGUGUUUUCCAGAGAGCUCUGGGGAGGCAGACGGGGAGACGGCCAAAGAGGGGUCCCUCACCCUGGGGGACACGGAGCUGUUUUCUGCGGAUGGCUUUUCCGGCUGGUUUCCAGCCCAUGCCAAGGGGCCAGCCCCCAGCCCCGAGCCCGCUGAGCUCCCUGGUGCCAUCACGCUGCCCGUGAGCUACCGCCUGUCCAACACCCGCUUGGCCUUCUUCCUCAAGGAGGCGGGAGCCAGCCCGAUGGGCAACAGCAGCACCCCCCUGCAACGUGCUGAGCCCUUCGUCGUCUUCCAGACCAAGGAGCUGCCCGUCCUCAACGUCACUCUGGGGCCCUUCAGCACGGGGCUGGUGCUCCCCAAGGAGCAGCUGCAGCCCUCCAGCACCCUGGAGGUCCCCGACCGCCUCACCGUCAACUGGAAGGUGCGCGCCUUCAUCAUCCAGCCCCGCCUGGUGGCUAACCAGCCCGUGGUCCAAGUGCUCUUCUACGUAGCCGGCCGGGAUUGGGAUGACUUUGACGUCACUGACCGGCUGCCCUGCGUGCAGCUCCACGCUUUCCGCGACGCCCGUGAGAUCAAGAGCUCGUGUCGCCUGCGGGGCAGCCUGGCCAUGUGCCUGGUGCAGGCAGAGCUGCCCCACGCCUGGUUCGGCCCUGCGGCUGUGCCGCUGGGCCGGCGGAAGAGCCCUGAGAGCCUGGAGGUGCCGGGCGAGAGCCAGCAAGCCGAGUUGUACUACACCCUGCAUGCCCCCGACGGGGCGGGCCAGUGCCUUGGGGAGACGGUCCCCCGCCGGGGGGCUGGGGGGGCCAGGACCGAGGGUCCCACGCAGCACCCGCUGCUGCGCAUUGGCAGCGUCAGCCUCCUGCAGCCCCUCCUCGGGCAGCCCAUGCAGGAGCACCGACUGGAUGGCAACAUCUUCAUCCGCCUGCCCGACAAGCCCCUCAAGCCCGGUGAGGUGCUGAGCAUCCUCCUCUACCUGAUGUCCAACUCCACCGUGGAGCAUUUCACGCUCAGGGUGAAGGCCAAGAAAGGUGUCAACCUGCUCAGCACCAAGUCGAGGAACGGGCAGUGGCUGGUGAGCUCGGAGCUGCUGACGGGCGGCAAACACUCCACUGCCACUGUCGACGUGGCCAGGGUGGACGGUGAUGGGCCCAGGGACGGGGACUCCUCCUCUGAGAUUAUGCAGCUGGAUUUCGAGAUGGAGAACUUCACCAGCCAGUCGGUGACACGCCGCAUCAUGUGGCACAUCGACUACCGGGGCCGCAACCCCCCGCCCGACCUGGAGAAGGUGGUGACGGAGCUGACGGUCAUCCAGAGGGACAUCAGGGCCAUCGUGCCCCUGGCCAUGGACACAGAAAUCAUCAACACGGCCAUCCUGACGGGGCGGACGGUGGCCAUUCCUGUAAAGGUCAUUGCCAUUGAGCUGAGCGGUGUCGUCGUGGAUGUCUCGGCUAUGGUUGAAUGCAAGUCCAACAAUGAAGACAUCAUCAAGGUCUCCAGCAGCUGCGACUACGUCUUCGUCAGCGGGAAGGAGUCGCGGGGCUCCAUGAGCGCCCGGGUCACCUUCACCUACGAGCACCUCUCUGCCCCGCUGGAGAUGACGGUAUGGGUGCCCAAACUGCCACUGCACAUCGAGCUCUCGGAUGCCCGGUUGAGCCAAGUGAAGGGCUGGAGGGUGCCCAUCCUGCCAGACAGGAGGUCAGUGCGGGACAGCGAGCACGAGGAGGAGGAAGAGGAGCGGAAGCAGAGCCGGGGCUGUGCCCUGCAGUACCAGCACGCCACGCUGCAGGUCUUCACCCAGUUCCACACCACGGCAGCGGAGGGCACAGGGCAGGUGGUCACCAUGCUGGGGCCUGACUGGCUGGUGGAGGUCACCGACCUGGUCAGUGACUUCAUGCGUGUGGACGACCCGCGGGUGGCCCGCAUGGUGGACAGCUUCACGCUGGCUGGGAGGGAGCCAGGCACCACGCUCUUCAAGGUCGUGUCUCCGCUCGUGGAGGCGGUGCUGGGCGAGACGCUGGUGACGGUGGCGGAGGAGAAGGUCAGCAUCACGGACCUGAAGGCCCAGGUGGUCUCCAGCCUCUCGCUGUCCCUCCACCCCAGCCCUGGCAAUAGCCACACCAUCGUUGCCCGCACAUCCGUGCAGCAAACCCUCAGCUUCUUCAAGCAGGAAGCGCUCCUGAGCCUGUGGAUUUCCUACAGUGAUGGCACCACAGCCCCCCUCUCACUCUACGACCCCAAGGACUACAACCUGGUGGUGAGCAGCCUGGACGAGAAGGUGGUCUCGGUGACCCAGGACCGGGCGUUCCCCUUGGUGGUGGCGGAGAGCGAGGGCGCGGGGGAGCUGCUGCGGGCUGAGCUGGUCAUCUGCGAGAGCUGCCAGAAGACCAAGCGCAAGAGUGUGCUCUUCACAGCCUUGGCCAGCGUGCGGGUCCACUUUGGGUCUGAGGAGGACCCAACCUAUGACUAUGACCACGUGCCCAGCAAGUCGGGGCUGGCAGAGACGGGGGCAAGCACCACCCUGCGGGCAGAGGUGGAGAGGAAAGCAGAGCCGAGUGAGGACGGUAGGAUGUCCAGUGCGUCUCACCCCACCGAGGACUUCCCCACCAUCCCCACUGGCUUUGUCCAGGUGACCAGGGGGCUGACAGACCUGGAGAUAGGCAUGUAUGCCCUCCUGGGCGUCUUCUGCCUGGCCAUCUUGGUCUUCCUCAUCAACUGCAUUGUCUUUGUGCUGAAAUAUCGGCACAAACGCAUCCCACCUGAAGGCCAGACCAACAUGGACCAUUCCCACCAUUGGGUCUUCUUGGGCAAUGGGCAGCCCUUGCGGGCUCACAAUGACCUCUCCCCCCAGCCUGAGAGCCCUGGGAAUCCCCUGGAAAAUGUCCAGACCUGCUGUCAUGGAGACCACCACAGCAGCGGGAGCUCGCAGACCAGUGUGCAGAGCCAGGUCCAUGGUCGUGGGGACGGUUCUUCAGGGGGCUCCACACGGGACCAGAGCGAGGACCCGCUCAACUCACCCACCUCCAAACGGAAGCGGGUGAAGUUCACCACCUUUGCCACGCUGCCCUCCGAGGACCUGGCCUACAACUCCAUCCCCAUCGCCGAUGAGGAGGACUUGGAGUGGGUCUGCCAGGACAUGGGGCUGCAAGACCCCGAAGAGCUUCACAACUACAUCCGCAGAAUCAAAGAGAUCGCUUAACACAGGGGCAGAGGGGACAGGGCGGGAGGGAGGGGGCUGCCACGCCAUGCCACGCCGUGCCACGUCACGCCAUGCCACACCACGCCAGCUGCUUCCCUGGGGCUGGAGACCCAAAUUUGGCUCUCCUGUGCAUUCUCUGUUCCGCACAUCUCACGUCCUCGCCCUGUCUGAAGGCACAUCUGUGGCCUUGCUCUUUUCUUGCCCUUUACUGUCUGGCCCAUGACAAGGGGGGCAAGCCCGGUGGCAGAGGUGGUCAGAACCUUGGGGGGUGUGUGCACAUCUGGUGGUGAACGGGGCGGGAUAAUGCUGUGGGUCCUGCUGUGCAGGGGGUGGAAGAGGAGAGAUGUCCCACACUGGGGGAAGGCGGUGGGUGGGGACUUCCUGAAAGCAACCCCCUUUGCUGCACUCGGUUGCACAAUUUUGGAGGUGAGUGCUGGUUCAGGGAUUUGCCGCCCCAUGGAUGUUGGGGGGAAGCCCCAAACCUAGAGCCCUCUGCCCUAUGCUGCGGGUGAUGCUGGGUGAGGCAGGAGGGGAGGGUGGCAGCCACAGGGUUUGGAGCCCCGUGGCCACAAGCCUGGGCACCGCUGUGCCCAUCACCUGCUGCGUCCCAUCCAUCCCACCCCAUGCCAGGUGUGGGCCCUGGGGGAUGGUGACGGUAAUGUUUGUCACACAAGCAUCCCUUAGGGACCAUGGAUGGCUGCCUCUGCCCCCUUGGUGCCUGGGAAGGGCUGUGGCCCCUGGGCAGGGGCAGUUUGGGGGUGCCCAGCAAGCUUGCUGACUGUGAGCUUGCCUGCCCUUGCCUCUCCCUCUGCUCCCAGCUUUGGGGCCAGUGCUGGGCCCCUUGACCCAACAGCCCUGCUGGGAUCUCCAGGACCAGCCCCUGGUUCCUGCUCCCCCUCCCCAGUGCUACCAUGUGGCUCUGGAGGUGGUGACUGGGGCUUCCCAGUGCCCCGGGGAGGGCCAAGCCUGGGUGGGGACACCCACAACCAGACAUGGCCCGAGUCUCCCACUGCCAGCCCAGUUCCCCCAGUGCCAGCCCAGCGGGAUGCCCAGAGCCAGGCUCAGCCUCCCUGGUGCCUUCUGACUGCCAUAAGCCAAUGCCUCCCUGGUCACCCCAUGCUGGCACUGGCUCCCAGCCCCUCCAGUUCACCCAGGAGACCCCCACCAGCCCAGGUUAACCUUGCGGGGACCCCGUCUGGCAGGCUGGGGGUCCCGGGCUGUGGUGCAGUCACAGCCAUGGGCACCAAGCGCCUGGGGAUGGGGAGCUUC